UUUAUGCACUUGUGGAGUAGCAGGUGGAUGAAGUGGCAGUGUAAUGUCUUAGGGCUGGGCAACGUGGCUGAGAAACAUGUCACGAAACAAGCUUUUCAUAUCAGUCGGUUUUAACGAGACUCUUAAUAGUUGAUCGCCUACUUUUGUUUUGAUGAAAAGCUGAAAUUGCUUUUCCACGAGUCAGCAGGUCUCAGGACACCUACGGCAGCGCGACGCUCUAAGCAGAUGAGGUGUUUAACCCACAAGCCAAUCAAACUGAACUGCAGCGUUUCAGAGUCGGACCCGACAGCCGACUGGAGCAGCUUCAGUCCACGGCUCAAAGGAAAACCUUCCUGCGAGGCAGAGUGAGAAUGUGACUGGGACAAGGCUGCUGUAACGGAGCACGCCGGUUAUGGGGGCUCUCCAGGGGAUCUUCACCUUCACAAGCUGUAUGUGCAGCAAUGCUACGUGUCCAGUUUGCGGCUGCUGUCCAAGCAGCAGGAACUCCACAGUGACCAGAAUCAUCUACGCUUCCAUCCUGUUGUUGGGUACCAUUGUUGCCUGCAUAAUGCUCUCACCAGGAAUGGAGCAGCAACUCAGAAGGGUUCCAGGCUUCUGUGAUGACACGGAAGGCUUCUUUAUUCCAGCCCAUCAGGCAUACUUGAAGUGUGAGAUGUUGGUGGGCUACAAAGCAGUGUACCGCUUCUGCUUCGGCAUGAGCAUGUGGUUCCUGAGCUUCUCCAUUUUUACACUUAACAUCAAGACCAGCAGAGACCCUCGUGCUUCCAUACACAAUGGAUACUGGUUUUAUAAGUUUGUUGCCUUGGUGGCAAGUACAGUUGGUGCCUUUUAUAUUCCAGAUGGGCCUUUCACCUACAUGUUGUUUGUCAUAGGCUCUGGAGGAGCUUUCUUUUUCAUUCUCAUCCAACUGGUGCUGCUGGUGGACUUUGCUCACUCAUGGAAUGAGUCUUGGGCGGAAAAUAUGGAGAAAGGCAAUUCCAGGGGCUGGUACACAGCUUUGCUGGCCGUCAUGACCCUUAACUACGUCACUGCGUUUACUGCGGCUGUAUUGUGCUUCAUCUUCUACGCCAAGCCUGAUGCUUGCUUCAUCAACAAGUUCUUCAUCAGCUUCAAUGUGAUGCUGUGCGUCGUGGCCUCUGUUGUUUCUGUGCUACGCAAAGUGCAGGAAUUUCAGCCACAUUCAGGACUACUACAGUCAUCUUUCAUCACCCUGUACACAGUGUUCUUGACCUGGUCUGCUAUGACGAAUGAGCCUGAUCGAGAAUGCAACCCCAAUCUGCUCAGCAUCUUCCAGCAGAUCACUGCUCCCACAGUUUGGCCCCCGGAAACAGAAAACCAGACGGCCGUGGUGAUCAUCGGAGCCGAGGAACCUGAUCAGACGUCCCCCUACUUACAGUGGUGGGAUGCCCAGAGCAUCGUGGGGCUGAUCAUAUUCGUUCUGUGCAUUCUUUACUCAAGCAUACGCUCCUCCAACACGAAUCAGGUGAACAAGUUGACCAUGGCCUCCAAGCAGUCGACUGUCCUCAUUCAGGGGUCCAGCAGCAGCGGCAGCGACAUGUUGGAGGGCCCCAGGGGGCCCAGGCGGGCGGUGGACAACGAGCAAGACAUGGUCCAGUACAGCUACUCUUUCUUCCACUUCAUGCUCUUCUUAGCUUCCCUCUACAUAAUGAUGACACUCACCAACUGGUACAGCCCAGACGCAGACUACACCAUAACAAGCAAGUGGCCAACAGUGUGGGUAAAGGUCUCCUCGAGCUGGUUGUGUUUGGCCCUUUACAUUUGGACCCUUGUGGCCCCUAUGAUUUUCCCCAACCGAGACUUCAGCUGAUGCUGUGACGAGGGACAGAAUAAUUUCUUGUGGAGAUGGACCUGGAACGGCGGAUCUGUCUGACCAGGAUUUGUUUGUAGAGAAUUGGCGAUCAGGUUAAGUGUGCCAAAAGAUGAGCAAUCCACGGAAACAUCUGUUGUGUGAUAUACAGCUUGGGGUUCACCUUAUGUACCAUUUAAAGGGUGUAUCUCUGCACUAUGCAUUUAUUUAUUUAUAUAUAUAUCUCGUUUGUGUUUUUGACCUUAAAAUAAGAAGUACGCUGCUCUUAGGGAAGACAAAACCAGAAAUAUGACGUAUUUUUGAAGAG